AUAAUCAUCGUCAGUGCAGCAACGAAAGUGCAUCAGUGCAUUAUUUCGUAAUUAUUAUCACGAGUUUAGAUUGUUGAAAGUUUAAAAAGAUAUUUUCUCCCGGAAAUUUGGUGGAAAGUUUUUACAAUUAUUUUUUUUUGUAAGAAAAGUUUUUCAUGAAGCUGGGGGCAUUUCAAGGUUGAAGUGAGGGUCCCAUUUGCUGAUUUUAGGGGGAUGACUCUGUGCUUUUGUUGCCGAAUUGUUGUUCAUGGUGGAUUUGUGGAGAUUAGGAGGAUUGAGGAAAUGGAUUUGAAGAAAGCGAUGGUGCACGUUGAUUGGAGCACCUGACAAUUGAUAGAACGACCGGUAUUCCGGAUGAUUAAAAAAUUCAAUUUCAUCGAGGGACAUUUUAUUGCAUUUUAAAUGCCUCAUGCCUGCUUUUCGUAAAAUAUAAAAAUGCUCAGAAUAACAGAAGUGAGAGGGACGAUUGAGAUUAAAUUAAUUGAAUCCAAAGAGAAAUCGAUGAAGGAUGCCUCUAGAGAACCAGAAGAGAUUCAAGCAUAAAAAUGGAAGAGACCUGUGGAAUCGUUAUGGAUAUUUUGUUCUCAUGCUGCUGUGCAUGCUUCUGGCAUCGAUCCAGCCUAAUAUUGGGAGUGCCAAUGAAUUCGUGAAUGGCCACAUCAUCGUCUGGUAUGUAGCAGUCCCCCUGACUUACCUGGAAGCCGGGCUCAUCUGCAGCCCCAGGUCUCUUUACCUUGCAGUGAAAGAUGGAUACCUGCUCUGCUUCGUUUUAGCCUUUAUGUACAUCCUGAUGCCACUAUUCGCUCGGGUGGGAAGUUGCCUUCUGGUGUUUGCUAAUGUCAACACCUGGUUGUUGAAAGGAAUGGAGGUUUUCUACUGCAUGCCUCCUCCCUUGAGUGUCAGCCUCGUCUUGACGAGACUCGCUGAUGGAGACAUGUCCACCAGUGUCGUCACAACUCUUGGUUCUCAUUUCGUCGGAAUCAUAGUCUCUCCACUUCUCCUGUACUUAAUGUUAGGAGCCUCCACAUCUCUUCUAGUAGGAAUCAAUAUUCGGGAGAUAGCGUGCAGUACUUUAGUGCCUUUUGGAGUAGGAUUGACGUUCCAGAUGGCUUUUAAUAAUCUUCACGAGAAAUUACGAACUAGUUGGUUUCCCCAGAUCUUUCUACUUAUGAGUGCUUACCACUGGUUUUCCGAGGCUGUCACUGCAGACUCUUCAUCCCUACAGGCUGUUGAUAUUCUUCUGUCUGUGCUAAUUGCCAUCCUCGGACAAAUAUUGAUCACUGUAAUGUGCUGGACGCUGUGCUCAAGGUGGCUCUCGAAGAACGUUUUGAUCGCCUCCUUAUUCACGAUAAUGCACAAAUCCGUGGGUCUAGGGGGAUGGAUUCUCAGAGGAGCUUAUCAUGGCUCCGCUCAUGGAGCUGCAGUAAAUCUUCCACUCGCCAUUCUCCCGGUGGCACAGCUCCUCCUCGGGAGCCUCCUCGCAUGCUGGAUGGCUCCCUGACGACGACUCAAUUCUCCCGAUCCUUCGCGGAGCGAUUCAUUUCGUAGAGAUUACGGUGCAAGUGAUUAUAUUGAAAUUGAAGGAGGCGACGGAUCAUUGGUCACUUAAAACCGUUUUUCACUUCUCUGUCAAAUAAUAGUGCUGACGAUUAUUAAAUUAUAAUGAUAAAUUGUGAAGAAUGAAUAAACUAAUUU